GGCAUGACCAAAGGUUAUUUUGCUAUAACCCACUACUCCAGACAUUGCCUUAAGAUAAGCAUUACUUGGUUGUAGCGAGGUGUAGUUCGGCCAUUAGUUACAAAUGUAGAUCUACCUAAAUGAAUUUCAGCUUUCAAUUUGCUGUUAAGAUCAUGCAUAGUGGACAAGGAUUACAGCAUCCAAGCAAAGAACCAGACAUUAAGAUACCACCUGAUGAGGAAACUUUGUCUCAGUCAUGUGAUGAAGCUAGAAAUAGUGAAGAGCAUUCACAAACAUCACAACAGUUAAACCAACCAAGUACUUCACAUCUUAUUCCACAUGAUUUUCAACCACAAAAUAUUCAACCAGGACAUUUUCAGUUUGGUACCUUACAGUACCAGCCAUUUAUGCCUGCUCCAGGGAGCCAAAGUAUGAUGAUUCCUGGUUCAGCAAUGGGGUCACCUGCAGUGAGGAUGCCACAUUAUUCAUAUAUGAGUAUGGAGGAUUUCAAAAACCAGCAAGGAAAUUAUCAGGUUGCUGGAGGAGGUUCUUCAACAACAACUUCAACACGUAAAGCAAGGUCCUCUUACACUUUUCAACAACUGCAGCAACUGAACAGACGUUUCCAAAGAUCCAUGUAUUUAGCUCAACAUGAACGAGGAGAAUUAGCAGCUAUGGUGGGCCUUAGCCAGACUCAGGUACAUAGCUGUUCUCAUAUUAUUAGUUUGGGUUUGCCUCUUUAA